AUGUAUCCUGGACGGCGAAUAAGAAGACAACGCAGCACAUUUUCUAUAUUUCUCUGUAUCCUAUGCCUUGCGUUGCCUGCUAGAUCAAUGUGGCCAUUCUCUCCAAAGCGUUUCACGAAGAAUUCACUCAUGAAAGCGGGUUCGAUGGGGAUUGCGAGUGGCGACCGAAUAGUUGCAUUUGGAGAUUUUAAUGGAGAUCAGUUUCUGGACGUGCUGUCGCUGGACCAAGACCAGCAUACCUUGUCGGUGUACUUGUGGAAUCAUGAGGACUUUAGCUUUCACAAGUCCUCUUCCAUUCGACAUCCGACGCCAGUAUCCAAUGUCGUGCCCGGAGAUUUCACACACGAUGGAAAAUUGGACCUACUAGUUAUGAGCGGGAGUCAGACACCAAACCGAAUGAAUAUAGUUUUGUACAAGGGAGUUCAUAAUGAUCAAUUUGACUCUAGUCCCGUAUCCGUCCCUCCAUCAACGUUGUCCCAACCUAUUCCGGUCGAUGUAGAUGGAGAUAUGAAGAUAGACCUACUUGGAAUACCUUACACACAAAGCAAUACCAACUCUCCACUAAUGGUCUGGAAAAAUUCAUGGAACGCGUCGCAAACGCCUAACUCUCUGUUUGAUCUAACCACCCCCCAGUUUAAUGGUACCCAGUGUACAUUAUCCAACCCACAUAGUAAUGCUGUUAUAGACUUCAACGGAGACUGUCUAGCAGACGUCUUCCUUGUAUGCGAUGAUGGCUCUGGCCAUAAAUCAUUCCAAAUAUGGAUCAACAACAAGGACGCCGGUUUCUCGUUGGCACAGCAGGGAUCUUUACCCUCCGGAGUCCAUUCCAUAUCGUUCGCUGAUGUUGACCGCGAUGGAACGAUUGAUAUGGUCUUCCCUACCUGUUCUUCGUAUUCUCCUUCCACUGGUAUUGGAAUGGGAUGCACCAUCAAUAUUGCAUACAAUAAACAGCUCCCAGUUUGUGCGUCAGCCACAACGUCCAGUGUUAACAGCAAAGGACAACGUUUAUGUCGAUCACCAGAGCAGUUAUGUAUUGCUGAUCCCAACUUUAAAUUUGACUUGAGCACAAGCGGCGAUAACGACGCAUUCGUCCAAGUGCCCGUUUCUGCCCUCCUGUCAUCCACGGCUAACUCGGCGCCUUCCUCUUCUCUUCUUCUCUACGACACCACCAACACUCCAUCCAUCCCUAUCCCCAUCAAGCUUGGCGAUGCUAAUCUAGAUGGUUUCCCUGAUUUUCUGCUUAUAGCUGCGUCUGGGGAUUCUCAUACACCAAAACUUUUAUUCUCUGAACCGUGUGCCAAAGGUCUGGCUGGAUGUGACCAGAACGGGCAUGGGAGGAGAGGCUGGAAGCUUGUAUCGAAGGGUGCAGAGACUCUGGAAACUAUCAAGGAUGCUAGAGGGGCUGCAUUUCUAGAUAUGGAUGAGGAUGGUACGUUGGAUGUUUUGAUACAACGGACCGGUGAACAGGGCCAGGGAACGGUUUCUUUUAUCCAAAACAACUUCUAUUACGACGCGUUUUUCCUGAAAGCGAUAGUACUCAACGGUGCUUGCGAUAACUCAUGGUGUACGUCGUCGAAUGGCACAAAUUACCUUCCUUUUGGAGUUAGUUAUUCUGGUGCUUCGUACAAGUACACAGUGCUUGAUACCUCUGGACGCCGUACUGCUGCUCAAGUUGGCCAACUUCCACAAACAUCCUAUCACUCCCUCCUCACACCGUACUCGUUCUUCGGGCUUGGACGGACGAAUAAUUAUAUCGAAAACCUUUUCGUUGGAUCUACGAAGCACACUGACCAGCAUUUUAUUAACAUGGAGGGCGUCAUCCCAAAUUCGCGUGUAGUCAUACGCCCGCCAAGUACAGGAAGCGAUGGAUGGAAACGCGAGUUGUUCUUGAGGCCAGGAGAGUGGAUACCAUGGGUGACGCUUACUGUCAUUGUGACGAUGGUCAUACUGGCGGUUAUUGUAUUUGUGCUGCAUUUAAACGAGAAGAGAGAAGAUGAGCUGGAAAGAAGGAGGGCAUCACAUCAUAUUAACUUUGAUGCAUUGUGAUCACUUGGAUAUGGACAUCACGAUUGAUAUGCACUUAUAUAUACUACAUAAUGUAGAGGAACAGGAUUUACGGUUGAACUUUCAAUGUCAGCCCAUAUUAUCGUUGGAUAGCGAAAAGGGCAGGCGGACGUGACGUAUACUAAAGUUUCGAAAGUAGCUCCCAGCUUCCGUCCUUUCCCUCCCCGCCCAAUCUUCGGACCCUUCCCUCGAGUUCCAGCUUUUUCAAAUGCUGGUCUAUGCUAUUGGAUGCAGGCAGCCACAAAUUCGGUGGAUAUGCAGCAUAAAUAGUGGAUACGAUGUCCCAGUUUGUCCACGGUUGACCUUGGGGUGAGGGUUGUUUCAAGAUGUGAACAAGUUGAUUCUCCCGUUCCAUGCGGUGCUCGAUGUAAGUGCUAAUGAGUUUCGGUCCGUCGGUGACAACAGGGCCGUGUCCAGGAUAGAGGGCGGUAUAGUCUGAACUCGCAUCUGUUGAUUGAUAGUCUAGCAUUUUACGGAGACUUGCGAUAUAUGAUGCAAGGUCUUCAAAUACCGCUGUGCCCUGUCCGAGAACAGUGUCGGCAGUAUAUAAUGCAUUAUCUCCCGGUAUAUGGAGAGAGAUGGAGUCUUUAGUGUGCCCAGGAGUGUGCAGCACGCGAAGGAUCGACGAGUCAUCUAGGGCAAAUGUCUGCAUGUCAUGAAGAUCGUGAAACAUGGAUCCACUAGGAUUGGGUGUGUAGAGGUUACGUGGAACUGAACCUAUGAUAGAAUCGUAUGUGGCUGCUGGUGAUGCUGCCAGAGGAAAUUUGUGCAAGCGAGGCGGUCUAUACGAGGAACCGUCGUUCUUGUCGUCCCAUAAACGACGGAGAAGCUGUAGCACGGAAGAAAUGCCGCCGACGUGAUCGUGGUGCCAGUGUGAAAUGAUGAUGUCUGAGAUAUGUGGUUCAUGGGUGUUUGCCGAGUCCCGUAGUGCGGACUCUAAGAGGGGGAUGUAGUCUGCGUGCCCCUCUCCCGUGUCGACGAGUUUAU